CGCUCUCUUUUACCUCUGGUAGUGGAGCGUGACGAGAGAGCGUGGUUUUUAGGGUUCUUUGCUCUCUCUAGCUAGGUCUUUUCGUCUCGUCUCUUCGAUUUAGAGCGGCGGUGCCGGCGGUACUCCACAUUAGAGGAGAUGGAGUUUUCCGGCCUUUUUCCGGCGGCCCUUGCGGCUCUGAUCUACCUGAGCGUUGCUUCGUGCAACUCCGAAGGCGAUGCCCUCUACGCGCUGCGAAGAAGCCUGAUUGACCCGGAGAAUGUUCUGCAGAGCUGGGACCCGACCCUUGUGAAUCCUUGCACCUGGUUCCACGUUACCUGUGAUCGUCGGAAUCAUGUGACUCGCGUGGAUCUGGGCAAUGCUAACCUCUCCGGCGUUCUCGUCCCGGAGCUUGGAAGCCUCCAGCAUCUCCAAUACCUGGAGCUCUACAAGAACAACAUCCGGGGCAAGAUCCCGGAGGAGCUCGGCCAACUCAAGAGCCUGGUGAGCCUGGACUUGUACAUGAACAACUUCACAGGGGAGCUUCCAGCGUCCCUUGGCAACCUCAAGUCGCUCGUCUUCCUGCGGGUCAACAACAACCAGCUGAGAGGGCGAAUCCCCCGUGAGCUCACCUCCAUCGCGAGCCUUAAAGUCGUGGACGUUUCCUCGAACAACCUGUGCGGGACGAUCCCGACUUCCGGCUCGUUCGCGAGAUUCCCCGCAAAGAACUUUGAGAACAAUCCCCGCCUGGACGGUCCAGAGCUGCAAGGCUCGGUCUUCUACGAGACCGCGUGUACAUGAUGGAUGGAUGGACGGGUACUGCUAGUGGGUGGAUUGAUGGUUUUGGUAAAGAAAGAAGCCGUGAUGUAGAGGGAAGUACGUUCGCUCGCCCCCUUCCACUUUUUCUCUCGUAGAGUUUGUAAAUGCAGUGUUUUUCUGGAAGCAAGAUAGAAAGAACUUAUCAUCCA